AUGCAAAUCAAGAACAAGGGAGCCUUAACCUUCCUCGGAAAGUUGAAAGGAGAUCCUAACAAGCGGUUUAGAGACAAAUACUGUCGUUUCCACCGUGAUCACGGUCAUGACACAGCUGACUGCUACGAUUUAAAACAGCAAAUCGAAGCCCUCAUUAGACAAGGGAAGUUACAGAAGUUCGUCAGCAGGGAGAAAGUCGAUUUGCCUCCUCAAGAGCAGGCUCCCCAACGGGACAACGAGUGUCCCAGACCACCCUUAGGAGACAUAAGGAUAAUUGUAGGAGGCAUGGUGACCCCUGGCUUGUCCAGAAAGGCUCAAAAAACCUACCUCAGAAUGGUUCAGAAUAUUCAGCUAACGAGCGUCGUCCCAAAGAUGCCACAGGUCGACAACCCCAUUAUUGGUUUUUCAGAAGAAGAUGCUCGACGUCUUCACCACCCGCAUGAUGACGCACUCAUCGUUAGCAUCCGGGUAGGAGACUGUAACAGAUACCGGGUCUUGGUUAACAACGGAAGUUCCGCAAACAUUCUCUACUACCCAGCUCUCCAAUAA